AUGGGUACGCGCCCCUUUACCCCCCUCCUCCCUCUAAUAUCGUCUUCAAACAUAUACAGAUUCAGCGGCGACCCUCCAUACACGCUCCGCCCCCUCCUAUUCCACCACGACUCCAAAAUAAUAAUCCAAUACGCACGAAGAAGCUUCACCGGCUUCCUCGGCCUCCCUCGAUCGACCUCGAUCCCCCCUUUAAGCGAAGACCAAGCCGAAGCUUGGCCGAAGUUCUCGAUACUCUCCAUUUCCUCGCGGAGAAAUACAAACUGGGGCUCAAUUUCCAGCGAUAUUCAGUACAUCAAUAAUUUGAGUGUUUUUCACGCGAGGGAUGGGUUUGUCGAUACUCCUGAGAAGACACGCCAUCUCUUGCGCCUGUGGCUGCGGAACGAGGAAUUGGCAUGGAAGCUCCCUGAGAAGCUCGAGCCGAUUUGGAAGAGGUUGUAUUACUCCGCAACUUCCCCUGACGAGCACCGAUUCCCUGUGGAGCCUGAGAUUCGCGCGGCUUCAAAGGGAUAUGCAACGUAA